GACCACAAGGAAAACGUUGCAGUCUCAGCGACGACUCCCACCCAAAAACUUGCACACCCAAAGAUAAAACAUGCCACGCCCGCGCUUGCAUUUCCUAGCUUCGCGCCUGCAGGCUGCCAGCCUCGGGAGACUUCCUCAUUCACGUUCAAUCCAUCCUCAACCCACGAAGAAACGCCGCCCUAUUCUUAGCUCUCCACGCCAACCUCCGGCCGUCGUCCUCCUCCAGCCUCCCAGCAUUCCCGCCUUUCUUUAGCCUCCCCCUACCCGCCCUCACGCGCCCAUUUGCUCCGUCCCCGGUCGCGCCAUGGCCGGCGGCGGGCUCGCCGCCGGGCUCCUCAUCCUCCUCCUGGCCACCACAACCCUCACGGCGGAAGCGGCGGCGGCGACGGAGACCGACACGCUGCUCACCUUCCGCAAGGCCCUGGUCGGCCCAACAUCGACGGGCCCACCAGCCCCGCUGGACCAAUGGACAACGACGCCCGGCCCAUGCCUCAUCCCGGGGAAACCCUCGACCUGGUUCGCCGUCCGGUGCCACCCAUCCACCGCCCGGGUCCUGGGCCUCCGCCUCGAGUACCUGGGCCUCCAAGGCCCGCCGCCCGACCUCACCCCGCUCUCCUCCCUCACCGCCCUCCGCGCGCUCAGCUUCGCCAACAACAACCUCACGGGCGCCUUCCCGUCCUCCGUCUCCGCCCUGCCCGCGCUCAAGAUGCUCUACCUCUCACGCAACAGGCUCUCCGGCGCCGUCCCCGACGACGCCUUCGCCCACAUGAGGGGCCUCAGGAAGCUCUAUCUGAACGAUAAUGGGUUCACCGGGACGGUGCCGGCGUCGGUGAACACGUCGCCCAAGCUGCUCGCGUUGCAGCUUGCCAGGAAUGAUUUUGAAGGGCCCUUGCCGGAGAUGGACAGGCCUAGGGAUCUCCAGACGCUUGAUGUCUCGUUUAAUGAUCUCUCUGGCCCUGUCCCUCAACGGCUCCGGAAGUUCGGCGCCCCCGCGUUCCAAGGCAACAAAGGUAUGUGCGGCCCGCCGCUGGUGGACGCUCCAUGCCCACCAGGGCUCGGCGGAUCACCGUCAUCGUCAUCAGGAAGCUUGAAGAUCCUGAUGAUCAUCGCCAUCGCCGUGGUUGCCCUGGGCGGCCUCCUCGCCAUCGUGGGCAUAAUCAUGGCGCUGCUCGCCCGCCGCAACAACGACGACAAGAACGCCGCCACCGAGACGGCCGGAGCCGGCCGUGCCGUGGCGGCCAAGCUGCAGACCACCUCCGAGUCGUCCAUCAAGGUCGAGCAGCGCGACAUGGAGGAGCACGGCGCGGUGGUGGCCGUCUCGGCGAAGCGCUCGCGGCGCGACGAGAACCCGGCGGGGAAGCUGGUGUUCAUCCAGGACGAUGAGAGCCGGCGGGUGGUGCGGUUCGAGCUGGAGGACCUGCUCCGGGCCUCGGCGGAGGUGCUCGGGAGCGGCACCUUCGGUGCCUCCUACAAGGCGACGCUCCUGGACGGCACCGCCGUGGUGGUGAAGCGGUUCAAGGAGAUGAACGGCGCGGGACGGCGGGCCGACUUCAGCGAGCACAUGCGGCGGUUGGGCCGGCUGGCGCACCCGAACCUGCACCCUGUGGUGGCCUACAUGUACAAGAAGGAGGAGAAGCUGUUCGUCACGGAGCACGUGGGCAACGGCGGCCUCGCCCAGAUCCUCCACGGCGGCGCCAGCGCGACGUCGCUGCGGCUGGACUGGGCGGCCAGGCUCGGCAUCGUCAAGGGCGUCGCCCGCGCCCUGGCCUACCUCUACGACGAGCUCCCCAUGCUCACUGUGCCCCACGGCCACCUCAAGUCCUCCAACGUCCUCCUCGGCGACGACCUCCAGCCCCUCCUCACGGACUACUCCCUCGUCCCCGUCGUCACCCCGCACCACGCCUCCCAGGUGAUGGUGGCGUACAAGGCGCCGGAGUGCGGGGCGGCGCAGGGGGGCAAAGCGAGCCGGAAGAGCGACGUGUGGAGCCUGGGGAUCCUGAUCCUGGAGGUGCUGACGGGGAAGUUCCCGGCGAACUACCUGCGGCAAGGGAGGGAAGGGUCGACGGACCUGGCCGGGUGGGUGAACUCGGUGGUGCGGGAGGAGUGGACGGGGGAGGUGUUCGACGCGGAGAUGCGCGGGGCCAGGGGCGCCGAGGGGGAGAUGGUGAAGCUGCUCAAGGUCGGCCUCUGCUGCUGCGACCAGGACGUGGCCGCCCGGUGGGACGCCAAGGAGGCGCUCGCCCGCAUCGAGGAGAUCCGGGACAGGGACCCCGGCGGCGGCGGCGACGACAGCAGCACCGCCUCCUCCUACCUCAGCGACGGCGCCGCCGACCCGCAUUCGGCGCACUCCACAUAAAUAUACUAGCCGCAGGCAGCGAAUGCAAACCGAUCGAUCUAUUCGUUCUGUACGUCUUGGUGUCGCUCGCGCGUGCUGUAAUGUACUCCGUAAUAACUUGUUAAAAAGAGCCGUUUAGAUUAUGGUUGGUGUGGAGCGCGUAGGUGUGAUUAUUAUUCGUGUGAGAAUAAAGCCGUUUGAUCCCUGUAUAAUUUCUCCUUCUCAUUCCAUUUAAGCUAAAGUGUUUUUAUCUGGGCUUCACAAGAGGGCCCAAAGUUCA